ACCAACAAAAGUGACUGUGACUGGUAUCAGUGUGUUUCCAGAUCCGCAAGACAAGUUUGAACGUCCUCCCAUGAGUUUCAUUGUGAAUGUGGAAGGAGGUUCACUUAAGUUUGGAUGGGUGGCUGUACAUUUGGACCCUGACGCAGUGGAGGCUGAAUUAAAUGCACUGUAUGAAAACGCUGAAACAUUCCGGAAGCAACAUAAACUGGA